AUUACCUUACUUCCGGUUGUGGGAGGAGAAUUGUACAUUUUGAUACAAAAGACGUAUUUGUAGAGAUUGCUACAGUUUUCAGUUAUAUAUUUGGGAAAUGUCACGUCAGGCAUCAAGAGGAGGUGAUCCUAGAAAAGUGAAUGGGGAAUUAUUUACACUAACAUAUGGAGCUCUUGUUGCUCAGCUGAUGAAAGAUUAUGAAAAUGAUGAUGAAGUCAACAAGCAGCUGGAGAAGAUGGGUUAUAACAUUGGAGUUCGACUCAUCGAAGAUUUCCUGGCCCGAGCCAACAUUGGAAGAUGCAGUGAUUUCCGCGAAACAGCAGACAUAGUAGCCAGGGUAGCAUUCAAGAUGUACCUGGGCAUCCAGCCAGUCGUCAGCAACUGGAGUGCAGCGGGGGAUGAAUUCUCUCUGCUCAUUGAGAACAAUCCCCUGACAGACUUUGUGGAACUUCCUGAUGGCCACAACGCUCUCCACUACUCUAACCUACUGAGUGGGGUUCUCAAAGGAUCUCUUGAAAUGGUCCAGAUGGAUGUAGAUGUCAGGUUUGUCCAGGAUCAGCUAAAGGGAGAUAACAUCACCGAAAUCCGACUCAAGUUCAUCAAGCGACUAGAAGACGCCAUUCCCGCGGGUGAAGACUAGCAAUAAAGAACUCUGUCACUAACUCUCAGAUUUGUUUCCUGACAGGAAGACAUGAUCAUUGAUGCCCUUGUGUCAGUGUGUGAUGGAGAGUGUUGUUGGAGAUAAGCUUUCAUGAUGAGAGCCUUGCGACCAUUGUUUAAACUGCCAUGUCACGGAGAUCAGCCUCCAUGUCACAUAUUCCUAACUACCUAAGGAAUGGUACUAGUAAUGGUAAUACAUGGAACUGUUCGGCUCGUCAUGUACGCAUGGUGAGUGUAAGGUGAAGGAGAAGCCUAGUGGUUCAAGUGUUCUUCACUAGGCUACGAAGCCCAAUAAUGUUUUCUUCUUUGAAUUGUUUUUGAGUAAUAUAACUGAUUUAAGAGAGUAUGGCUGAUGAAUAUCACAUAACAUAUAGAUGGUAGCCCUUGUGAUAACACAGGUUUUAGAAUGUAGAACCAAUGUUUGAAAUAAACACUAUUGCCAGGACGCCAUCAGGACCAACAGACUUUAGAAACAGUCCCUGACUUAACUCUUUAGGCCCCCAUUUAAAAUAUACUGCAGCAUAAAUUUACUGCAAACCAUAAGGACCCAUACAAAUUCAAAACUAUUGCCCGACACAAAAUCUACCUGCCACGGGCCUUCAGGCCGGCACUCAUUUCAAAUGCUGUAUAGAAGCCCUGAUGUCAUUAUGAUAUUCAACACUUGAUGAAUACAGGUGGUGAAUACGUUAUCCCAUUUUACCCCCAUUACCACGUGAAUGCCGCUUUGAAAUUCAUGCAAGUACCCCAGGCCGAGGCUACAAAAUUCGGCUGAAGAACAGUAAUAAUCUGAUGAUGGUAGUCAUAAUUGAUUAGUAGCAUUUGAGUGUUAAAUUCUAAGACAGUUUUCAAACCUUCAACUUUGCUACAAAUUGGAACUGAAUAAAACUGACAGAAAAUGUAAAAAUAGCAAACAGGUUUGUCUUGUUCAAGCAGGACGACCUACAAACUCAGAGGACCAGUGAAAUUAGGUUGACACUCGUCUACGAUAAACAAAUAUGAAUGUCUUAAGUCCGUGAAUGCAUCAUCACCUCGUUACUCUUCAUUAGUAUUAUUGCAAUGUUGUACAUGCUGAGUUGUUCCCCAUCACGUGUACAUAGUUAUAUUUAUUGACAGUUCUUGUACUGUAUAUUUGUUUGUUUGUUUGUUUGAAUAGACAUGAGUGACAGGCAUCUGUAAAAUCCCAAGUAAUACCGACACUGGCCCCAAGGUACCAGCAGUUCGACUGAAAUGGCAUUUCUACAUGGAGUCAUCACUCUCUUGUCAAUACUGACUCUGGCCCCAAGGUACCAGCAGUGCGACUGAAAUGGCGUUCCUACAUGGAGUUGUCACUCUCUUGUCAAUACUGACUCUGGCCCCAAGGUACCAGCAGUGCGACUGAAAUGGCAUUCCUACAUGGAGUCGUCACUCUCUUGUCAUCCCCUUCUUCACUUUGGGGCACAGAAAGCCAGACUGCUAAUAUGUCAAAGGCUUCUAAUUUGGGGUGGCUGGGUAGCCUCGUGGUUUAAGCAGUGACUCCUCAUGCAAAGACCCGGGUUUGAUUGCCCACAUGACUACAAUGUGUGAAGCCCUUUUCUGGAGCCCCUAGUUGUAAUAAGCUGGAAUAUUGCUUAAAGCGGCGUAAAACCAUACUUACUCAAGUUCAGUCCCAAGCUGCAUCUCAUACGGGCAUCCUAUUAUCAUAGGUUCAGUUUUCCAAAGUUGAUCUAUAUUUUCCUCCCACAUUAUGCUGAUUUUCAUAAAACUCUUCAAAGUUGUGUUAAUCCCAACUCACGGACUCUUGGCUUUAGAUUUUCACGUGUGAAGCCAACAUGUGUGUACUUCCUACUCACUAAUGGAGACAUGCCUGUAACGUAUGGUUGUGAUCCAAUCACCCACAGAGACACUGCCCUUGGUGGUAGAAUCACCAGUACUAGCAACACCAGUUAAGGAUGAUUUACAGUUGGCAAAUAAUACAGAAGCAAACCCAAAGGAUCCCCCUGACCCCCCUUAAUUUUGAACACUAGCGUUCUAUGUAUCAACGUCUACCUGCAACACCACCAAUUAGCAUACACAGCAUUCUGUUUUUAUUGCCAUUGUACACAUUCCAGUUUUUCAGUUUCAGAUUGGGAAUAGCCUAUUCCUUGUGUUGUUUCACAGAAGACAUUUGUAUGUUAAACAUAUGAAGUCUUGAUUUAGAAUUAGUUUUAAAAAGAAAUAUGAAGACAAUGUGUCUUGUUCAAUUUUAGCAAAUUGAAUGUUGCUCUGUGUGAGAAUAAUGAGUGAAUGUGAAUGUAUAUUGUAAGUGAUAAUUUGAGAAUAAACAGUGCAAAUUU